AUGGAGCAAUUCAGGCAAAUCGGCGAGGUUUUAGGGAGCUUAAACGCUUUAAUGGUAUUACAAGACGACAUCGUGAUCAACCAAAGACAAUGCUGUUUGCUUCUAGACAUUUUCAGCUUAGGUUUCAACACAGUAGCCGAAGAGAUCAGACAAAACCUAAAGCUCGAAGAGAAACACACCAAAUGGAGAGCCCUUGAACAACCUCUAAGAGAGCUCUUCAGAGUGUUCAAAGAAGGAGAAAUGUACGUUAGAAACUGUAUGUCCAACAAAGAAUGGUGGGGCAAAGUCAUCAACUUUCAUCAGAACAAAGACUGUGUUGAGUUUCACAUCCACAAUCUCUUCUGUUACUUCCCUGCUGUGAUCGAAGCGAUUGAGACAGCCGGAGAGAUUUCUGGUUUAGACCCUUCAGAGAUGGACAGAAGGAGAGUUGUGUUCUCGAGAAAGUAUGAUAGAGAGUGGAAUGAUCCAAAGCUGUUUCAAUGGAGGUUUGGGAAACAGUAUCUUGUCCCGAGGGACAUCACCAGCAGAUUUGAGCAUUCUUGGAGAGAAGACAGGUGGAAUCUAGUGGAGGCGUUGCAGGAGAAGAGGAAGUCGAAGAGCGGUGAGAUUGGGAAAACAGAGAAGCGGUUAGCUGAUUUCUUGCUGAAGAAGUUAACCGGAUUGGAGCAGUUUAACGGUAAGCUCUUCCCGAGCUCGAUUCUUCUUAACUCUAAGGACUAUCAAUUGAGGAGGAGACUCGGUGGUGGUGGUCAGUACAAGGAGAUUCAAUGGUUAGGUGACUCUUUCGUGCUGAGACAUUUCUUCGGCGAUCUUGAGCCGUUGAACGAGGAGAUCUCGACUCUGUUAUCGCUCUGUCACUCGAACAUACUUCAGUACUUGUGUGGCUUCUACGAUGAAGAGAGGAAAGAAUGUUCUUUGGUUAUGGAGCUGAUGCAUAAAGACUUGAAAAGCUACAUGAAGGAGAACUGUGGACCGAGGAGGAGAUAUCUCUUCUCUGUUCCUGUCGUGAUCGAUAUCAUGCUUCAGAUCGCGCGAGGCAUGGAGUAUCUUCACGCGAACGAGAUAUUUCAUGGAGAUUUGAAUCCGAUGAACAUUCUUUUGAAAGAGAGAAGCCACACGGAAGGUUACUUCCACGCCAAGGUAUCUGGUUUCGGUUUGACCUCGGUCAAAACGCAGUCGUUUACUCGAGCUUCCUCUAGACCAACAACACCUGAUCCUGUGAUAUGGUACGCACCUGAGGUUCUUGCAGAGAUGGAGAAACAUCUCAAAGACACAACAGCAGCUCCGAGGUCGAAGUUUACGCAUAAAGCUGAUGUUUAUAGCUUUGCGAUGGUGUGUUUCGAGCUCAUCACAGGUAAGGUUCCGUUCGAAGAUAGUCAUCUUCAAGGAGACAAAAUGGCGAAGAACAUUAGAGCGGGAGAGAGACCUCUCUUCCCGUUUCCUUCUCCGAAGUAUCUUGUGUCUCUGAUCAAACGAUGUUGGCAUUCGGAGCCGAGCGAGAGACCGACGUUCUCUUCGGUUUGUCGGAUACUUCGUUACAUCAAGAAGUUCUUGGUAGUGAAUCCUUAUCAAGGUCAUAUCCAGAUUCAGACUCCGCUUGUUGAUUGUUGGGACUUGGAAGCGAGGUUCUUGAGAAAGUUCUCGUUAGAGUCAGGAGGGUCUCAUGCAGAGUCCGUGACGCAGAUUCCGUUUCAGCUUUACUCGUAUAAGAUUGCGGAGAAGGAGAAGAUGAGCCCGGAGGAGUUUAGAGAAGGGAAGUCGGAAACAGGGGACUCUGUUUCCGAAAGCGUUUCUGUGGUUGAAGAUCCGAUGACGACGACGACAAUGCCGACGUAUACGAAGUCGUUGUGCUUAGAUGCGAUAUCUGAGUACUCAGAGUCAGAUGCGAGAUCGGUUUACUCUGAAGCUCCAAUGAAAAAGAUCUCAGCUUUGAAGAAAAGUAACGACAUUGCCAAACUCAGAAGAAACUCAAACGCAGGUUUAAGAUCUUCAGGAUCAUCGCCUGUAAAGCCAAGAUCAACACCAAAAGUGUCGUCGUCGCCGCUAAGUCCGUUUGUGAGAAGCAGCAGCAAAGCGAGGAAGGAGACGAGAUUGGCUUCGAGUACUAUGAGUCCUUUGAGCCAUGGAAGACGUAGACAUCUCUCUGGUCCUGCUUCAGACUCUGAGCUUACAUAG